AUGGACUUCAGCCUUGGAACAUGCACUAUCUUGACGGUCAUGUACAUGAGCACCAUUUUCAUCUGCUUGAAAGUUCUCAAACCGGAGAGCUGUCCGAGGCUCUUCUCAAUUGAGAUGCGCAACUACACGAUCCUCAGCUUCUUCUUCAUACUUUUCCUGCACAACUACCUUCCCUACGUCCUUGGCUCCAAAGGAAUCGAUCCAGGUAAACUUUAAAGGGAUAAUAAAGGUUCAGAUUUUUUUUUUCAGACGAGAAGGUCUUCCCUCAUCUGUUCCCAGCCUUCUUUGCGGUCUACCUCAUCUUUCUUCAGAACAACGCCAUCGAUGAAGAGGACUUUCAUCGGAACUUUUUCCCAAUGAGCCUCCGAUAUUGGAUCCCCGCAUCGAUUAUUUUGCUUCUGAUCCGUCCCCUUACAAAUUGA